UGUUUUUUAAAGAUUUGUGUGCAUCUUUUGCAGUGAGUUGGAGAAAGUCCACUAGAGGGCGUACCAACACAAACAACUGACUGAGUCCUUCCCUCAGUCUCAAGCAAAUCCCUGGUGCAGAACAACGCUGAGCACGGUUUACUAAUUUUAAGAUCCACCAGUGUCAUCAAAACCAUCAAAUCCGUCCAAGUCGUUUAUAUAUAAUUAGUUAUAUUUUAUAUGCACUGUUUACUUCUACUACUUAAUCAAAGUUAAUCCGAAUAGCAUCAUAAAUCUAAAAUAUCAGAAAAUAACAAAUAUUCUUUAAGUAGCAUUUUAUGUUUUUCUGUUUGUUUUAAUUAUCAAAAUGACUCAACAGGUUGAUGUGUCCUCAGCCUGUGGCCAGCUGUGAUCAUAGAUGCAGACAAGCCUUGGAACUGGAUGGACCCUUCGCCCCAAGGGACUUCUGCAAGAAAAUUAAAGGUUUGGUUCUAGAGCCCUCGUGGGAAGAUUUUUGUUUAUCUCAUGCAAGCUCCAGCCCACCACUCGGACCGCCUCAUGCAGCCUAUCUUGGAGGUGGUCCCGGGUGUGCCCACGCUCUGUUUCGAGUAUAAAAUCCCCACGGUUUGGGCUGAUCACAGCAUUCAACAAACACUCAAACCAAAAGCAAGAUGACCAGUCUCACUGCUAAGGACAAGGACACAGUCAAGGCCUUCUGGGCUAAAGUGUCUGGAAAGGCGGAGGACAUCGGCAAAGAUUCUCUGUCCAGGAUGCUGAUCGUGUACCCGCAGACCAAGACUUACUUCUCCCACUGGAAGGACUUGAGCCCCGGCUCUGCCCCGGUGAAGAAGCACGGGAUCACCAUAAUGGGUGGAGUUGCCGAGGCUGUGGGCAAAAUCGACAACCUGACCGCGGGUCUUCUGAACCUCAGUGAGCUGCACGCCUUCACUCUGAGAGUGGACCCUGCUAACUUCAAGAUCCUCUCCCACUGCAUCCUUGUGGUCUUGGCCAUCAUGUUCCCCAAUGACUUCACCCCCGAGGUCCAUGUGUCCAUGGACAAGUUCCUGGCUGCUCUGGCUCGGGCCCUGGCUGAGAAAUACCGAUAAACAGCAGGAGAAGAUGAGGAAGAC